AUGGAGAUUAAUGUUGAUGAAGAAGCUAGGAUCAAUAAUGGUGUUCGUCGCAUGAUCAAAGAAGAAAAAGUUCCACUCCUAGAGGAGGAUCAAAUUCGAGUUCAAAAUCGAGACUUUCCUGAUAUAGAAAGGAACACUUGGAUACAAAAGGCAAUAGGUCAGACUUUUAAGACAACAUCUCAUCUAGCUAACCUUUUACCUACAGGGACAGUUCUCGCUUUCCAAAUCCUAUCGCCGAUUUUCACAAACGCUGGACACUGCGAUUUAGUUAGUAGAUUCAUGACUGCGUCGCUGGUUUCCAUCUGUGGAUUAUCUUGUCUUCUCCUUAGCUUCACAGAUUCUUACAAGGACUUGAAUGGAAAUGUUUGCUACGGAUUUGCUACAAUCAAUGGCUUCUGGAUAAUCGAUGGCUCGGCUAUUCUUCCUCAAGAACGUUCCAAAAGCUAUAGAUUACGGUUUAUAGACUUUGCGCAUGCCAUCAUGUCUUUUCUAGUGUUUGGAGCCGUGGUUCUGUUUGAUCAAAAUGCGGUCAACUGUUUCUUCCCCAAACCAUCAACUGAAGUAGUGGAGCUUCUCACAGCUUUACCCGUCGCCAUUGGAGUCUUUUGCAGUAUGUUGUUCGCUAUAUUUCCUACUACACGCCAUGGUAUCGGUUUUCCCCUCUCUGCUAAAUGA